GCCGGAAGUGUCUGCUCCUCGAAGUGGGAUUCCUGGGCCAAAGCUGCAGGCUGCGGAGCCGCUGGCUUUGGGCGGAGAGCAGGACUGAAGCCCCACCUGGGGCGGCGGGAGCGCGCGGGAGCGAAGGGACUGGCGGGGUGAAAGGGAAGCCAUGCAGAAAUCCGAGUACCCUGGAGGUGUGCAGUUGAAAAACAGAACAACGGGUAAUUAUGAUCAAAGAACAUCCUCAAGUGCACAAAUAAAACACAGGACGACAGUUCAGCGGAGCAAAUCCUCCUCAUUAGCUAGUUCUCCUGAGGCUGCAAGAAGGGUUCAUCCCAGGCCAAGUGACAAACUCAACCCUAAAACGAUCAACCCCUUUGGUGAACAGUCACGAGCUCCCUCUGCAUUUGCAGCUAUCUACUCGAAAGGAGGUAUUCCUUGCAGAUUGGUACAUGGCUCAGUAAAACACAGAUUACAAUGGGAAUGCCCGCCUGAAAUUCUUCCAUUUGACCCGCUUCUAAUUACUUUAGCUGAGGGUCUGAGGGAGACAAAGCAUCCUUAUACCUUUGUGUCCAAGGAGGGCUUUAGGGAAUUACUUCUGGUCAAGGGUGCUUCUGAAAAAGCUGUACCAUUGCUACCUAGACUGAGCCCUGUGCUGAAGGCAGCUCUGGUCCAUCCCGAUGACGAAGUGUUUGAGAGAGGACUGAGCGCACUCGUACAGUUAAGUGCAGUCGUUGGCCCAUCUCUGAAUGGCCAUCUGAAACUCCUGCUUACAAGUCUUUCCAAGAGGCUAACGGACAAAAAAUUCAAAGAGCCCAUCACCAGUGCCUUGCAGAAGCUGGAGCAGCAUGGUGGGAGUGGAAGUCUUAUGGUCAUCAAAUCCAAGAUCCCCACGUACUGCUCCAUCUGCUGUUGAAUAAAGCCAUGCUGCUUACUCAGGCACUGCUGGAGGCUGCAGUGACCCUCUCCUGAGUUCGCUUUACUCUAACUCCCAGCACCGUUCGUUGGCUAACUAGGCUCGGAGGACCAUGUCCAAUCCAGAGGACUCAUUGUGCAAGCUGUUUGUCAACACAAAGCACAGGUGCUAGUGGAAGGCAAUUAAAAUACUCGUGAAAAAGUUGAUCUGUGAGCGUUCCUCAUCUUGGUCAUCUGUGUGAAUUUAUGGAUCAUAUCUAUGUGCAUAUUUUCCAAUAUAUUUUUACUUAUAGCCCUUCUAAAGAUCACUUUAUAGCUGGGCACUUAUUUUAUAUGUUGGUUUUGGCCAUUUCCUGGUUUUUAUAUUUAUCAAGAAUGAAACAAUUUAAGAUAGCAAGUAAACAUUUGUGACUUCCCUAUUAGCUAGGAUGUGCAAAUGUGUAUUUUAUAAUGUGAAACGCUUGGGGGCAUCUUUUCCUUCCUCAAUAUUCUAGUUUAGAAACCUUGUUUUAAAUGUAAAAAUUCGAUUACAAGUAUAUUGUUUAUUACAACUGUUAAAACUACCUGAACUUGAAGUGAAUAUUACUUCUACAUUUUGUGGCCUGAAGAUACGGAUGAUGUACAUGUGCAGUUAUGCAGAAAUUAAAAUCUUAAAACAUGUAUCCAGUGAUACCCUAGUACUUCUUUGUUUUUCAGUUACUUUGUUAUUGAAAACAUAAUUUAUGGAUGCAGCCCAGAGUUUCUCAUGAGCUAGAAACUUCUGGAUGAUUCUUCAAGAAGAAGGAGUAGAGGAAGAGAAAUAGAAAAUGCGAGUGAGACCUUCAAUCUAACUGGCAGGAGAGCGGCUACAGGAACUUAGAUAGUCAAACCAAAUCAAAAUCAUGGCCACACAUUGGAAAACAUUGGGCUAGGCAGUCACUGUGUUAUGUGGCAGCAGCCACAUGCCUUCUAAACACUGGAUAGAUGAUACUGUCCCCACUUGUCUCCUACAGACAUCUGGUUGACCCCUCUGCAAUUCUUGUUUCAGAUAGCUGCACAGCUGUCAGUUGAUCGAAAGCAAGCAACUGCUGAGUCACCAUAUAUAGACCUGGCCACCUGCGACCAGGGCCUUUGCUGCCUGAUCCUGGGUCCUCUCUUUCCUCAGAGCUAUAGUACCUUGUCACAUCCUCAGACCAUGCCUACUCUAGCAGCUGCCUGACCUCAGCCUUGCUUUGGGUUUUCUCUGUAGGCAGCACUACCCAAAGAGAGUGGCAGUCUAGUUUGAAUCCAGUAGUUGAACUUGCUAGAACAUAAAGACCUAUAGCAGACACAAUAGAGUAAUAAACACUUUAUUUUGCUU